AUGGAUGCAGAUCAGGAAACUUCAGAUACUCCUCCUGAGAGAACUCGGUCCUCAAAUCUUAAGGCUCACUACAGAAUUUCUACUCAAGAGACACCUUACGAAUGUAAUGUAUGUGGGAAAUUGUUUCUACAGUUCUCAAGACUUAAAGUUCACCAUAGAAUUCAUACCAAGGACAAACCUUACAAACGUAAUGAAUGUGGGAAAUCUUUUUCUCAGUCCUCAGAACUUAAGUCUUCAGGUCUUAAAGUUCAUCAUAGAAUCCAUACUGGCAACAAACCUUACAAAUGUAAUGAAUGUGGGAAAUCUUUUACACAGUCAUCAGAUCUUAAUGUUCACCACAGAAUUUAUACAGGAGACAAAGCUUACAAAUGUAGUAAAUGUGGCAAAUGUUUUAUACAGUCUUCAGAUCUUAAAGCUCACCAUAGAAUCCACACUGGAGACAAACCUUACAAAUGUAAUGAAUGUGGGAAGUCUUUUACCUGGUCUUCAAGUCUUAAAGUUCACCAUAGAAUCCAUACUGGAGACAAACCUUAA